AUGGCACUGUUACAUAAAAAGGUGUCCGAAAUUCCGGAAGAUGCCGUCCGGCUAAGCGAGGAGGACGCGGUGCAGUACUUCCUGAACCUGGUGAAGAGCUGGGACAACAAAGCGGAAGUCUGGCCGAUUGUUUACACACCCGGAUUGCUCGGUGCCGGCACGGUGUUCGGUGGGUUUUACAUCAACAAUUACUACCGCCGCGCACUGAAGCUGGGCAACUAUGGGCGGUUUUCGAGCUACUUGCCGGCGGUGGCACUGCCGGCCAUCAUGGCCACCGUAUUCCACUCCACGUUCGUGCUGCCGGAUGUGGUGCUGCGGAAAGUGCCGUGCCCCGUGUGUCUGCAGACGCGCGCCGCACUGUUUCAAGGAGCGUUCGCCGUGGCUUAUCCCAUGUUGCUGGUGCCACUGUCAUCGUUCAUGUUUGCCACACGCCACUUCACAUACAGGCUGCCCUCAAUCACCGAGAAACCGAAGGAGGUGUUGAAGCUGUAUAGAAAGUUAUCUGGUCCUAUAAUGAUGCCGAUAACGAUGAUGCUUGCAUUUAACGUUGCACUAACUAUCUUCCUGACCGGGAAGGAGGUCGAAACGGUCUAUAAAAUCAAUUUCCGGUUACUUGAGCUAGAACGCCAAAUGGAGGACCAAGGUGUGGUGCACGACCAACCGUAA